AACAAGAUGGCCGAAUUUGGUCUGUAGACGUCAUUGUCAGCUGUCAAAAAUAUUUGUAUUUACGCAUCUCUGUUGUUGAUAAACAAAUAGAACUUAAAUAAAUAUUAAUUAUUAAUAAAUAUUAAUAUUUAUUAAUUUCUUUAAAAUGGGUUGUGAUGGUGGUACUAUUCCACGUCGAGAUGAACUAGUACGAGUGAAAAAGAAGCCAGAACAGAAAGAUAAGGAGGCAGAAUUAGCGUUUAGAUGGAAACAUUGUUCAAUUAGACAAUCACCACUUCAAACUCCAAUUGUCUCCUGUGGAUUAGGACGUCUUUACUCGAAGGAAUCAGUUUUGGAAGGAUUGCUCGAUCGUUCUUUACUUCCAGAAACUGCGACUCACAUUAAAAAUUUAAAAGAUGUUAAAACAUUGAAUCUAACAUCGAACACAGCAUCCUCCAGUAAAAAAGUAGACCAAGGCGAUGGCUGCGUCGAUGGCGUACACAAUCCUUACAUUUGUCCCAUUAUUGGUUUGGAAAUGAGUGGAAAAUUUAAAUUUUGCUUCCUUUGGUCCUGCGGCUGUGUAAUGAGCGAAAGAGCCAUCAAGGAAAUUAAAACGAACAUUUGUCACAAGUGUCAACAACCAUUUACGGAAAACGAUGUCGUUAUCAUGAAUGCCGAAGAUGAUGAUCUCAGAAAAAUGGAGGAACGACUAGUAAUUCGAAAAGCCGAGAGGAAAGCGUCAAAAAAGAAAAUUAAGAAAGAAGAAGCAACCGAAGAGGUUGAAGCACCAAAGAAGAAAAUAAAGAAAGAAGAACAAGCAUCUUGUUCAAAACUUCCGAAUCAAGUGCACGAUUCCGCAUAUAAUAAAACAAAAGAGGAUUAUAGCGUUGCAAAAGAUCCCAAAGCGUCUGAAGUGUUUAAAAGUAUUUUCACAUCUCAUAAAUCGGCGUCUGAUCAAACACGAGCUCAUUGGGUCACCUACAAUCCAUUCUACAAUUAAAAAAGCAAUUUUACUAAUUAACUUAAAAUAUUAAAUUGAAAUACUGAUUUACAAAUUUGUAAAUUACGAAUUUAAAUAGUAGGAUUUAUUCAUGUACUUUUAUUUUACAUUUUACAUUAUAUUUUAAAACGUGAAAUUUAAAAUGUAAAAUUCAUUGUUUGUUUGUUUCGUUAAUUGAGUUAAUAAUAUUAAUUGAACUUGCAACGUGA